AUGGUCAGCGCCUAUGGCGGGCUUCGAGGCGCGAGAUUACAAGUAGCCAUUGGAUUGGUUGCCGGAACAGCAUUCUUUCUAUUUGGCUAUGAUCAAGGUGAUCUCGCUGGCCUACUCGCUGUUCCCGAGUUUCGCAGACAGUUUCCACAAAUCGAUACCAUUGGAAACCCGGGCAGUCAACAUGUCGCAGCCAUACAGGGCGUCACAGUCGCAGCAUGGAACAUUGGUUGUUUCGUAUCAGCCAUGAUCGCCGUCUUUUGGGGCGACCUGAUAGGCCGUAAGAACACCAUAUACUUGGGCACCACAAUCUUGAUCAUCGGCGAGAUAAUCCAAGCGACAUCCUUCUCGUACGGUCAAUUCAUUGCCGGCAGAGUCAUUGCUGGCGUUGGCAAUGGCUUCAACACUGCGACUGUCCCGGCGUGGCAGGCAGAGUGCACCAAGGCGCAUCGACGUGGUACCUUGCUCAUGGUCUCGGCUGGCGCAUGUAUAGCUGCUGGUCUGUCUUUCAGCUACUGGAUCGCUUUCGGUUUCUCCUUUGUCACUGGUAGCUCAGCCGCAUGGCGUGUGCCGAUUGCCAUUCAGCUCAUCUUCGCGUUGAUGGUCUACGCGCUCAUGGCUUUCAUGCCCGAGUCUCCUAGGUGGCUCAUCUUGACUGGCCGAGAGAGCAAGGCCUUGGAGGUACUCGCUGCACUAAACGACAACGACGCCGAUGCUGUAGAGACCCGCCAGGAGUUCCUCUCCAUCAAGGACGCUGUCCUCGAGAUGUCCAAGGGAGGCAACCAGGAUGUCUUCAGCAUGGGCGACUACCGACAUUUCCACCGCGUCGCACUCGCAUUUGUCCUCCAGGUCUUCCAACAGAUGUCUGGUAUCAAUUUAAUUACGCAAUACCUGGCUAUCAUCUUCAUCCAGAUGUUUGCAUAUCAACGAUGGGUCGGAAUGCUCAUUGCCGCUGGUGCUGGUACCGAGUUCUUCCUGGCCUCCUUCGUGGCUGUGAUAGGUAUCGAUCGCUUCUGGGGCCGUCGUAGUCUGCUCAUGUUUGGCGCAAGUGGCAUGGCCGUGUCUAUGGUGCUCAUCUGCAUUAUGCAGUACCUGGACCUGCGAUCGAGCAACAUUGCCGGCACAGUCUUUGUCUUCGCCUACUGCACCUUCUUCGCCAUCGGCUGGCAGGGCAUGGCCUGGCUGUAUCAGGUCGAGAUCAUCCCUCUUCGAAUCCGUGGUUCCGCGAAUGCUCUUUCGACGGCUGCCAACUGGCUCAUCAACUUUGUCGUUGUACUCAUCGCACCUAUCGCUUUCCAUAACAUCGGCUACAGGACCUACAUCAUCUUCGCCUGCACCAACUUUGUCGCAGUACCAGUCAUCUACUUCCUCUACCCAGAGACCGGCUACCGAUCACUGGAAGAAAUUGAUGUCAUCUUCCACGCCGCAUCCAUGGGUCCUAACCCAUGGCUUAACGUACGAAAGAUCGCCGACAACGAGCCACUAUGGUAUGGCCGAGGCGACAUGGAAGAGCCCUUCUUGUACGAAGACACGGAGUGGCACAAGAAGCAUGUACGCUUCAGCGACGAGGUCAAGACCAGUGACCCUGGUAGUGGUAGCAGCCCAACUCUGCAUAACGACAGCCCCACUGGUAUGGACUUCAUGGAUCGAGGUCUUUCGAGGAAGAGCGAUGUGGAAGGUACGGACAGCGAUUUUAAUGAGAAGGAUGAGGUGCCAAACAUGCCGAAUCGUCCCAUAAGUAAUGGGGAAGAUGCUGCGCCGGCGCCUGUGAUUGCUCGCACGAGCGCCGACAGGCAGUAUCAGCGAAGUCUUAGAAGUGCUGGAAGGGGACAUUAA